UAGGUGGAAGAGAGAAGUAGUAGGAGGAGAAACCAUCUACGUCCUCUGCAACUUCGGGUGAUAUUGUGAUGUUUCUUUUCUCAUGAUAAUGCUUAUGGGCCAAGCUGAUAUAUUAAGCUUGUUGUUUGCGGCUGGUGUGUGGUGUGCAACAUACAUGUUGGUUGCAGUUCUUGGCUUCUUUCAGAUUUUCAAUUUUCUCAGAACCUCUAUCCUCAGUUGACCUCUCGAUUUGAGCAACGUGUAAAAGGAACAGAAAAGGCAGUGAUCAUGGGCUACGCACAGUUGGUUAUUGGCCCUGCAGGCAGUGGAAAGUCCACUUACUGCUCUAGUUUGCAUCAACAUUGUGAGACCACGCGGCGCACUAUCCAUAUUGUCAACUUGGAUCCUGCUGCCGAGAACUUUGACUAUCCAGUGGCUAUGGACAUCAGAGAACUCAUCUCACUGGAUGAUGUUAUGGAAGAACUAGGUCUCGGACCAAAUGGUGGCCUUAUGUAUUGCAUGGAACAUCUUCAAGAAAAUUUGGAUGAGUGGCUAACAGAAGAGUUGGACAACUACUUGGAUGAUGACUACCUAGUGUUUGACUGCCCAGGCCAGAUUGAACUUUUUUCACAUGUUCCUGUGCUGAAGAACUUUGUGGAACACCUAAGGCGUAAAAAUUUUAAUGUUUGUGUUGUGUAUUUACUUGAUUCUCAGUUUAUCACAGAUGUGACCAAAUUCAUUAGUGGUUGCAUGACUUCACUCUCUGCUAUGGUUCAACUUGAACUACCCCAUGUUAACAUUCUCUCAAAAAUGGAUCUUGUGACAAACAAAAAGGAUGUUGAGAAUUAUUUGGAUCCAGAGCCUCAGCUGUUACUAGCAGAGUUGAAUCAGCGAAUGGCUCCACAAUUUCAGAAGCUUAACAAAUCUUUGAUUGAAGUGGUGGACCAGUACAGCAUGGUGAGCUUUCUCCCUCUUGACUUGAGAAAAGAGAGGAGCAUACAGUACAUCUUAUCUCAGAUUGACAACUGCAUUCAGUAUGGAGAGGAUGCUGAUGUAAAGGUUAAAGAUUUCGACCCUGAGGAGGACGAUUAAAAAUUAGUUGUUCUUGACUCGUUCUAAAAGGAGCAAGGUCUUACUUAAAUCAACAAGCUCUAGGGAGGCAAUGCUGUGGUGGACGAAAAUCUCUUUUUUGCGGGACUUAAACCUCUUUGAGGUUUACCUCUUGAAAUUGCCUCAUCUUCUCAUUAGGUUGUAAUUAUCCCCCGAAGCAUAUUUGAGGUAAAAGACUUCUGAUUAUCUGUUGUUCUCCUGGUACAAAUCACUGCUAUGUCGAAGCAUGUUAGAAAUGGACCUCAGUGGACUUUUUUUGGAUAUGACGUUUUAGCUUUCGUGAAGAUUUCAGAUUCCUCUCUACUCUUUUGUUUAAAAAUUUGGUUGACGUUGAAGCUAUUAUGCUUCUGCCAUUUCUCUUUUGUGGCAGAAUCGGUGUACUGAUUAUUUUUCUUUCUAGUGAGUCUAAUGUAAUAGGGUUUAUUUGCUCUUA